AUGGAGUCCAGGAAUCUCGACCACAGGCGCAACAACUUCAAGGGCAAGACUCAGUUCUCCGCCCAGGAGCUCCGUCGUCGCAGAGAGGAGCAGCAGGUUGAAAUCCGUCGUCAGAAGCGAGAGGAGAACCUUGCCAAGCGACGAAACCUCCAACAUGUUGUCAACGAGGACGGUACCGAGUCUGACGAGGAAUCCGGCAUGGACGCCACAGCCAUUGGGGACGUUCUUCCCGCCAUGCUCCAGGCCGUCUACAGUGACGACGCCGAUGCUCAACUCGAGUCUACUAUGAAGUUCAGGAAGUUGCUUUCCAAGGAGAAGAACCCCCCGAUUGACCGAGUCAUCCAAUGCGGCGUUGUCCCCCGAUUUGUCGAGUUUUUGUCAAGCACAAACUCUAUGCUCCAAUUCGAGGCUGCUUGGGCGUUGACCAAUAUCGCCUCUGGUACUUCCGAGCACACUCAGGUUGUGAUCAACGCCGGCGCCGUUCCUUACUUUAUCAACCUUCUCAGCUCUUCCGUUCUCGAUGUCCGUGAGCAAGCUGUUUGGGCUCUUGGUAACAUUGCUGGUGACUCUCCCAAGUGUCGAGACUACGUCCUCUCGCAGGGCGCUCUUCAGCCCUUACUUGGUCUUCUCAACGAGAACCACAAGCUUUCCAUGAUCCGCAACGCUACCUGGACAUUGAGCAACUUCUGCCGUGGCAAGAACCCUCAGCCCGAUUGGGACCUCAUCUCUCCUGCCCUCACCGUCCUUACAAAGCUCAUCUACUCUCUCGAUGACGAAGUUUUGAUCGACGCUUGCUGGGCCAUCUCUUAUCUUUCUGAUGGUUCCAAUGACAAGAUUCAGGCCGUCAUUGAGUCUGGUGUUUGCAGGCGAUUGGUUGACUUGCUUAUGCACCCUUCCACCGGCGUGCAGACCCCUGCCCUCCGAUCUGUCGGCAACAUUGUCACUGGUGACGACCUCCAAACCCAGGUAGUCAUCUCCUCCGGUGCCCUCCCUGCCCUGUUGAGCUUGUUGUCCUCCCCCAAGGAGGGUAUUAGGAAGGAGGCUUGCUGGACCAUCUCCAACGUCACUGCUGGCUCUCCCAUGCAGAUUCAAUCCAUCAUUGACGCCAACAUUGUUCCUCCUCUCAUCAACAUUCUCGCCAACGCUGACUUCAAGACCAAGAAGGAAGCUUGCUGGGCCAUCUCUAACGCCACCUCUGGUGGUCUGCAAGAACCCAACCAGAUCCGAUACCUCGUCCAGCAGGGUUGUAUCAAACCCAUGUGUGACCUCUUGACUUCCAUGGACAACAAGAUCAUCCAGGUCGCGCUUGACGGUCUUGAGAAUAUCCUGAAGGUUGGCGAAGUCGACAAGGAUGCCGCUGGACCUGGAGGCGUCAACAAGUAUGCGCAAUUCAUCGAGGAAGCCGGCGGUAUGGUUGCUAUCCACAACUUGCAACACCACGAGAACCUCGAGAUCUACAAGAAGUGCUUCUACAUCAUGGACAAGUUCUUCCCCGAUGACGAUGAGGAGGAGGCCGAGGCUGCUGCCCCUGCGGUUGAUGCUUCCGGGCAAUACGCUUUCCAAACUGAUGUUGCCGCUCCCCAAGGAGGCUUCAACUUUGGCGGCCAGUAG